CACUAAUACGGAAUUAGUCGCAUUUUAGAAGUUCGGCUGUCAAUAGCAUAUCAUGUUGAGACCGGUUUUUAGAAUUCAAAUUUGUUUGCUAGCCAGUGCCCUCGUCAUUUCGUCUAACCAAGCAGCUGCCAAAACAGCUGCAAAUUGUCUUAAUCCCAAUCAGAAUGCAGGCCAUUGCAUUUCAAUUUACGAUUGUAACUCGCUGAGCUUUGUAUUGAGAAAGCAUCUGUCGGCCCAAUAUCGUUUCGUGCGCUUAUCCCAAUGCGACGGUGGUGCUGAUGCAAGCGGGAAAUUCCCCUUCGUUUGCUGCAACAAUGACACCGAUUUUCGUGAUCCCAACGCAGAUUGGCAACAACGUAUCAUUUUUCCUGGUCCAGAUAAUUCCGGGAGGCCUGGUCCUGGACGUAGGAAUGUCGCUUUAAUUGAACCGCCGCGCUGUGGUGCUUUGACAAUAUCGAAUAAGAUUUUUGGUGGGGAAGAGGCUGAGAUUACAGAAUUUACUUGGAUGGUCAAAUUGGAGUAUAAAACUGUGGCUAACACCUUUGUUUCGGAAUGUGCUGGCUCGCUGAUCAAUGAGCGUUACGUAUUAACAGCGGCUCACUGUGUCAUUGGUCCCAUUGAGGAGAAAAUAGGUAAACUCGUCUCCUUGCGCGUCCGAGAUCACGACAUUGAAUCGCCGCAGAUCUGUAAUCAGAAGGAAUGCUGGCCACCCUAUCAACGGUUCGGUAUUGAGUCCGUUGUCGUGCACGAACGUUACCUGGCUGAUCAGCAUUUGCGCAUAAAUGAACACAACGACAUAGCAUUGAUUCGAAUGGACCGGUCGGUGGAGUUUAAUGAUUAUAUAGAGCCAGUGUGUUUGCCCACUGCUUCCCUCCAACAAGAACUUAAAAAGGGGCAACUACUGACGGUGGCUGGUUGGGGUCACACAGGCUUGUCUAAACAUAGCAGAACUAAGAGGAAAACCCGUUUGCCACUUUAUGACAUGGAGGAAUGUCGACAUGUAUACCAAAAGUUUCUCUAUGUUGCUGACGAGCAAUUCUGUGCUGGAGGUGUCCACAACCAAGACGCUUGCUAUGGCGAUUCCGGCGGUCCGCUUAUGCGCCUGAACUCCACAUCUUGGGUAAUAGAGGGUAUAGUGUCAUUUGGGCGAAGCUGUGGACUAGAGAACCGCCCGGGCAUCUACACGCGUGUUCGGAACUAUGUCGAUUGGAUUGCAGAGCAUAUGGAUCCAUGGUAGUACCAAAGCCGAUGAUGCGAAUUUGAAUUUUUUCUAAUACGAAAUAACUAAAUAUUUGUAUUUCUAUAAAGUAGUAAUUUGUAAUUUUAUAUCAAUUUUGCAGUUGCGAAUAAAACUCAUUUAUAUACCAAA